AUGACAGACCCUGAGUUUGUACCUUUCGCAGGCUACAUCAGUGAUGACUCGGAUUUUCAUGGCACCUCGAAAAUGCGCAACAUGCUUGAAGUAUGCAGCAAGAGUGUCAGCACGGAACAACUUGUCACGCAGUGGAACGAAACCAAGGCAGCCUACCCCGUUGCGACAUCGACCUUGAUGAAUGCUGUGCCUGAGAUCCUCUACAACAGACUGGAGGGCAUGUUGACCGCUCGACAGCUCACGGAAACAGUCGACGAGUUCUUGAAGCGCCUACCCCCUAGUACUACUGUCACAGAAAACUGGAUCUGGAUCGCAUGUCCUAUCAUCAAGGGCAAAGGCAAGGUGAUAGAAUCUCGCCAUGCUCCAGAAUCCGAAGAGUCUCCACAACAAAUGGCGGAGCGUGCGACUGCUUUGUUGAGCCAAUUCGCUGCCGAGAAGGAAAGAGUCUCAGAUGCCAAUCUAGGCUUUGAUCAGUCGACCAUUACCAGGAAGCUAGGGCCUUUGCGCGACCAGCUCAAGGAGGAAAUAUUGGAUCUCGCGGUCGCAAGCGGAGUGAUCAAUGGCAAGUGGAUGCUAUUCCCCAGCCCGGAAGAUGUCAAUAGGAUGUGGAAGCUUGUCGCAGAAGCAGUUGUUGAUGGUAGAUUGGGGGACACUGCCAAAGUUGCACCAGCGGGCCCGCCUAACCCAUUCGCUGGCGGUUCUCAGAAGAAGCAAUCGAGCCACUUGAUCUGCGUAUACACCAAAGACUUUUCCGAUCUCGACGACGUUCUUAGGGCCCUGGAAGAGCUGGUCGAGCUGGGUCUCGCUCCGCGUAAUGCUUCUGAUGGCGCCAUCUACUACAAAGCCGAUGUGUACACAUAUCUCAACAUAGAUUCUUCGAACCCCUACGGUCUCAGGGCCAGCUUGUAUUCCAGCAAGGAAAUUGUGGGUCUGUCCAAGCAGACGAAAGGCAAAGAUCAGCCGUCCGCUGCAAGAUCCACCAAGAGAAAGCAACAGACUUUGUCUUUCGGAGAUGUGAAGAAGAGGAAGUCCUAGUCCUCGGAGAGGAAGUAGCGAAAGAAGUCAAUACUGGGAGCGGAACGUCGUUAUUGCUUUCUGAUGGACGAAAACUCCUACAUGCUUAAGUUGCUUUCAUCCUGCUUUGGAGCUACAUCAUAGGAAUCUAGCACAGUACAUAUCAUCUUGAGGCAGAGUAUUACUCGUGAGCUGUUCUACUCCAAUUUACCCGAG